AUGGCGGAGCGAAGUGGCCGGCUGAGCUUUCCGGGGAGCGGGGCGUUGAAUCGUCCCGUGCCCAUGAACCUGUUCGCUACGUGGGAAGUAGAUGGCUCGUCCCCUAACUGCAUACCGAGAUUGUGCAGCCUGACCCUGAAGAAGCUGAUUGUUUUGCGGGAACUGGAUAAGGAGCUCAUUUCUGUCGUCAUCGCAGUUAAAAUACAGGGCUCCAAGCGCAUCCUGAGGUCCCAUGAGAUCAUGCUGCCUCCCAGUGGAUCAGUGGAGACAGAACUGGCCCUGACCUUCUCUCUGCAGUAUCCACACUUUCUGAAACGGGAGGGGAACAAGCUGCAGAUUAUGCUGCAGCGACGGAAACGCUACAAGAACAGGACUAUACUGGGGUACAAGACUCUCGCUCUGGGAUCCAUCGACAUGUCUGAGGUGAUGCAGCACCCGACGGAGGGGGGCCAGGUGCUCUCGCUCUGCAGUCACCAGAAGGAGAUGUUGGGGAAAGUGGCCGAAAUCUGGAUCUUCUCCUUGUCCAGUCAGCCCAUCGACCAUGAGGACCCAGCGCUGAACUUGGGACAGAAAAUCAAAUGCUCUGAUAAUUACUCAGAAGAGGAGUAUGAGAGUUUCUCCUCGGAACAGGAGGCCAGUGAUGACGCAGUGCAGGGACAGGAUCUGGAAGACGACGAGUAUGAUGUGAGGAAACCCAAGAAACAGAGAAGGUCUAUUGUGAGGACAGCUUCUAUAACGAGACAACAGAACUUCAAGCAGAGAGUGGUGGCUCUGCUGAAACGAUUCAGAGUGUCUGACGAGGUGUUGGACUCAGAGCAGGACCCCGCAGAGCCCCCUCCUGAGGUGGAAGAAGAGGACUUGGACCUGGACAGUGUGGAGUUUGAAAACCCCAGCGACAGUGGACCAGAGCUGGACGACGACGAUAGCGUUCUCAGUACACCCAAACCCAAACUCAAGCCAUAUUUUGAGGGUCUGUCCCUCUCCAGCUCUCAGACAGAAAUCGGAAGCAUCCACAGCAGCAGGAGUCACCGAGAGCCCCCCAGCCCACUCGACCCAGAAAAAGCCAAAAGCAGUGGGGCCAAGUUUCAGGAAGACGCUGUGUCUGACAAUGCACCCUUUGAGCCUCCAGAGGCAGUGACUCCAACUACAGAGUUAGAAAUGGAUAAUAUGGACACAUUUCUAGAGAGACUGCCCCCAAGUGGCAAAAUGACCAAGACUGAAUCCCUCAUCAUUUCAUCCAACAGGCAGGAACCAAAGUUUGCUGGUCGAAGGGGCAGGAGCACGUCACUAAAGGAGAGGCAGCCCAGCAGACCCCAGAAUGAGAGAGCCAACAGUCUGGACAAUGAGCGCGCCAUGGACACUCGCUGCCACCUGCAGAUCCCAAGAAAGACCGUAUAUGAUCAGCUGAACCACAUCCUGGUGUCCGACAGUAACCUCCCUGACAGCAUCAUCCUCAUCAACACGUCAGACUGGCAGGGGCAGUACCUUUCAGACAUGCUUCAGAACCACCAUCUCCCUGUCGUCUGCACGUGUAGCACGGCCGACAUCCAAGCUGCGUUCAACACCAUCGUCUCCAGAAUACAGCGAUUUUGCAACUGUAACUCGCAGACCCCCAUCCCCAUAAAGAUUGCUGUGGCCGGAGCACAGCAUUACCUCAGCUCCGUCCUCCGGCUCUUCGUGGAUCAUCUGUCCCACAAGACCCCAGACUGGCUCGGAUACAUGCGUUUCCUCAUCAUCCCCUGGGGCGCACAUCCAGUUUCUAAAUAUCUCGGUACAAUAGACUACAGAUAUAACAGUUUAUUUCAAGAUGCUGCCUGGAGAGACCUGUUUCACAAACCGGAAGCUCCUAUAGUCGUCCAGGAGAGUCCAGACGUGGUGUCGAGGGUGACCCAGUACAUGGUGGGGGCAAAUGGGGCUCAUCAGCUGCCCAUUGCAGAGGCCAUGUUAACCUACAAACAGAAAAGGAAAAAGAGCUUUCAUUUUGAUUUUGCAGUAAGCCCUGAUGAAGAUUCCUGUCAGAAAUUCAUUCCAUUUAUUGGGAUGGUGAAAGUCGGCAUUGUUGAGCAAGUAUCAGCAGCCUCAGGUGACUCUGACGAUGCCACGCCCUCGUCGCUGCUCUCUUCCACCCCUCCUCAGGUUUCCCCAGCGCUCAAAGAGGCCACGCCCACUCCACCCUCCUCCCCAUCAGUGCACACCAGCUUCUGCGCCUACAGUAGUGUGGGCCAGACAGAGGUGAUGGGACUGCAGGUGGAUUACUGGGUGGCUCCAUCGGAACGAAAGAAAGACGUGGAGAAGCGGGACUCUUCAUCCAAAAACACUCUCAAGUGCAAUUUCCGAUCGCUGCAGGUCAGCAGGCUCCCACUUGGGGGCACUGAAGCCAGUCCUUUUCCCACUAUGUCUAUGACAGUGGUCACCAAGGAGAAGAACAAAAAGGUGAUGUUUCUGCCAAAAAAGAGCAAAGACAAAGAGAUGGAACCUAAGAGUCAGGUCAUCGAGGGAAUCAGUCGCCUCAUCUGCACUGCCAAACAGCAGCAAACCAUGCUCCGAGUGCUGAUCGACGGUGUGGAGUGGAACGAUGUGAAGUUUUUCCAGCUGGCGGCGCAGUGGUCAUCUCAUAGGCUCAGUGAUGUUGAGUGGAUGCUGAGUGACAGCAGGGGGAGGAGAGGUCCUGAGCAGGAAGCACAGUGCAAACACACGGGGACAGCGGAGAUCCAGGAGCAUGGAGCUUUCAGGACCGUGAGAUGUAGAGACCCUCAGCCCCCCGCCACACCGCCACAGGAGCAGAUGAGUGCGUGA